UGCACCGUGUCAGUUACAUUGUAACAAAAGUGGAGAAGCCCUAGCUCCUGCCAGCCGCCCAGACCCGCCCGCCGCCCGCUGUCUCCAACUAUGGAACCGGUGGCCAGCAACAUCCAGGUCCUGCUGCAGGCGGCCGAGUUCCUGGAGCGCCGUGAAAGGGAGGCCGAGCAUGGCUACGCGUCCCUGUGCCCGCACCGCAGUCCGGGGCCCAUCCACAGGAGGAAGAAGCGACCCCCCCAGCCGGGAGCGCUGGACAGCGGGCGGUCUGUGCACAAUGAACUGGAGAAGCGCAGGAGAGCACAACUGAAGCGGUGCCUGGAGCAGCUGAAGCAGCAGAUGCCCCUGGGGGCCGACUGUGCCCGAUACACCACACUGAGCCUGCUGCGCCGCGCCAGGAUGCACAUCCAGAAGCUGGAGGAGCAGGAGCAGCGGGCCCGGCGGCUCAAGGAGCGGCUGCGCAGCCAGCAGCAGAGCCUGCGGCAGCAGCUGGAGCGGCUACGCGGGCUGCCGGGCGCAGGCGAGCGGGAGCGGCUGCGCGCGCACAGCCUGGACUCGUCGGGCCUCUCCUCGGAGCGCUCAGACUCGGAUCAAGAGGAGCUGGACGUGGACGUGGACGUGGACGUGGAGAGCCUGGUGUUCGGGGGCGAGGCGGAUCUGCUGCGGGGUUUCGGCACGGGCCGGGAGCACAGCUAUUCAUACAGCGCCGGCGCCUGGCUCUGACGCCAGGCUCUGCCCUGGUGGCCUCGGCCCUCGCCUUCUGCGCAUGCUGGUUCGAGCUGCUGGACAGAAGCCGCUCCGAGCCUUAAGGGCUGUCUGGAGUCACCUGUUGGCACGGACUAAAAGGACCCUUACAUGGGAACAGGUGCUCAGCUGCCCCUGCUGCUGGCUGCCAGGCGGACUCCUGGGGUUGGAGGCGCCUGGAUCUCCCCAAGCCUCUACAGGGAAAGGGGCUUGCUUGCCCGCCCCCCUUCCAGGCCUGGUUUGUAGCACUCGGCUCAGGAAGCCUCUUGAACCCUCACGUUCCUCCCGGGAGACGGCACCCUGGCCUCUGCGCCGCGUGUCCUGCACAGUAUUCGCAUUAAAAGCCUCUUUUGUAACUUCUGCUCCUGGUCUUGCCUGAUGAGGACGGGGGAAGAGACCCCAGCCGCUGCCAGCACCACCGUGGGGUCCCCACUUUGCCUGGGGCCAGCAGCAUGCGGCAGAGUCAAGGUUCGAACCAGCGUUUUCUGACUCCAGAGCUAGCGCGGAGUGAAUUCAACAAAUAUUUAUUGAGUGCCUGUUACGCACAGAUAUGGUUCCGGGCGGCUGGGACACAUUGGAGGACAGAACUGAGCCCUGCCCUCAUGGAGCUUACAGUCUGUCAUGUUUCCCCGCCACUGAUCCCUGUACCUCUGCCAGCAGCCGCCCGGGCUCGGACGUGGCUGACACCCACCCCCAAACAGCAGAGAGCGCUGGAAGUGGAUUUUUAAUAAUAAAGUACACUGGGGGGCGGGCGGGGGGCUGAGCGCACUGUGUGGGGUGCAGUGGCAGCGCUGGGGAGGGCCUGGGUCCCAGCAGGGCCAGACUGGCUACACGAACUGCUGCUGUUGCUGCUGCUUCUUGGUGGCGGCCUUGUUGGCCAGGUCCUUGGCCUUCUCCGUAGCUGCCAGUGCCGUCUCCUUGGCCUUCUCCGUGGCUUCCUUGGCUGUCUCAACAAGCGUCUUGGAAGGGGCCUCACCUGCAGCGAAGGCCAGGGCCCGCUUCAGGUACAGCAGGCAGACCCCCCGCCCCCGCCUCCCGGCCCAGGCUCCCUAGGGGGUUGCCCCGAGCUCUCACCUUGCAGCUUGGCCAAGAUGUACUCAAAGCCCUUCAUAGUCUUGGUCACAUUGCUUUUGAAGCGGGCAAGACCAAAUUCCUGGCAAGAGACGAGGGGAGGAUCCUAGAAGCCGGCUCAGACGGCAGAGGCCCCGGGCCCCACAGCCCCGCUGACAACUGCUCACCUGAACAGCUCUGGAGACACCAAACAAGCUGGAGGAGACCCAGGCUUCCCGGCGGAUUUCAGUCCAGCCGCUGUUGUCUGAGUUCACACAGUAAACACAUCGCUCCUCCACCAUCUGUGUGGGGAGUCAGACCAACCACAACCACGGAGUCUCUCACUUUACCAACGCCAGCAUCAGUCUGAGAAGUACCGGUGUGAAAAGAGGUUCCUCCCCGUGGCGCAUCCCCAGCCAGGGUCGGGGGACCAGGCGGCCACACCCCUGGAUGUCGGGAGCCUUUAUGCCUCGACGCGUACUGGGUGUGUAGCCUGGCUCCCGCCAACUGUGGCCUCCUCGGAAAGAGCACCCCCCUGCCAGCUGGGCCCCUGUGGUCACCGGGCAGGAGCCCAGAAAGCGGGACACAGUGCGGCCGCACUCACCGCGGCCCUGCGGGACACCACCCCUCUCUGGCCCUCACUUCCCGCUUUGCAGACUGGGUAAGCGAGCUGAGAAAACAAGCUGGGGAGGGGGAUUCUCCGAAGCUUUCAGGGCGCUCACACGCUGCAUGUGGGCACCAGUGCUGGGCGCCGUACACAGGGGCUGUGCUUGGUGCCCGCAGUAGCUCUGCAGGAGCCCUCCCGGCAUGCACUGGCCAGUGGAGAUACUGUAAAAUGAUUCUCAAGCCACAGGCAAGAGAGCACAGGUGAUGUUUCCCAAAAUCUCUGGAGCACUCCCAUCAGAUGAGGAGGACACUCCUGGAGCGAGUGGGAGUGGUGUGGGGCAGGGGUGGGGACGUUGUGGCGCAGUGGGUUAAGUCACCUGUGACACUGGCAUUUCAUAUCGGAGCACCAGUUCGAGUCCCGGCUGCUCCACUUCCGAUCCAGCUCCCUGCUAAUGCGCCUGGGAAAGCAGCAGAAGAUGGCCCAAGCAUUUGGGAGGGGAGACCUGGAAGCAGCUCUGGGCUCCUGGCUUCAGACUGGCCUGGCCCCAGCCAUUGCGGCCAGAUGGGACUGAACUAGCAGAUGGAACUCUGCCUUUCAGAUAAACAAAAAAAUAAAUCUUGAAAGAAAAAAAAAAAAAAAA